CUGGACGCUGCGAUGACGAUGGAGGAAGACAAAGACCAGCCGCCCAGACACAAGCCUCUGGGCAUCCUGCUGAUCGUCUUCGCCUGGUUAACCUACGUCAUCAGGCUGUUUUUCGGCUACGCUCGGCAAAACAACUGGAUUCCAGGACUGUUCGUCACCACGGUUGGCAACACGUCCCGCUGGUUCCCGAACGAGAUCGUCCCUGCUUCCUGGGUGUUCGACAUCUGGUUGGUCAUCUACGGCUGGGGCUUCCUGUGGCUCAUCUACGUCACCAUCUGCAUCUGCCGUAAGACCCCCCUCGGGUAUUUCUACGUCAAUCCCGAGCUGUUUCCAAACCGCUUCUACGUCAUCUGGCUCAUCAACAACUUCCUGAUUCUCUCUUGGACCUUCCUGAAUGACUCGCUGGAGCGUGUGGGCGCCUGCAUGCUUCUCUUUCUCAUCGCGCUCACUCUCUACUACAUGUUGUACAUUUCCUACCGUCGCGUGGACCAGAACGGACCCUGGCUGACUGAAAACGCCCCAGCUGACCUCUGGCUCAUUCGCCUGUUCGUUCACAACGGGCUCGCCAUCUACGCCACCUGGGUCACCAUCGCUACUCUUCUGAGUUUCGGCCUAGUCCUCACCUACGAGAGCGGCUACGACAACGAGGAUACGUCCACUGGCAUGCUGGGUUUGCUGUUGGCAAUAGUCCUGGUCUGGUUCGUCCUGGAGAAUUUCACUGCGUUGGAGCGGUUCUGCCGCUACACGCUGGUGCCGUACGUGGUGGUGGUGGUCGCGCUGGCCGGGCUCGUCGACAAGUACAUCACGUUCACCGGCAGCCUGGAGCGGAGGAACGCCGUCUUCGCCUGCGUGUUGCUAGGCGUGGCCUCCUUGGUGCUGGUGGCUCGCUUCUCAUUGGUCACCUGGCGUCACGUGACGCAGCCGCUGUACGUGAAAGCCGUCAGGACGACGUCGAUAAAGAAGACCGAGCAAAAUGGCGGGUUCACAAAUGAGCUUUAAGUGUUGUGAUCACAUUGCUUACAAAU